AUGACACCUAUAGAGACCAGCCCGACACCCCCAGCGACGGCGACACGCGGCCAACGUCCCGGCUAUGCAUGUGAUGAGUGUCGACGUCGCAAGCUUCGGUGUGACGGACGUCAACCACAGUGUAGUUUGUGUCAAGGAGCGGGAAUCGUGUGCGAGGUCACGCAGCGCGGCCUACGAGGGCCCAAGAAGGGUUACCUGAAGGCUCUGAAGAACCGAGUUGUGCAGCUCGAGGCCCUUCUAGAGAGCCGGCUCAGGGCCCAGCAGCGACAACAAGGACAGGAUGAGCAGCAAAAUGAGCAGCAGAUUGAGCCGCCGAAUGAGCAUGCGCAGCAAGGAUCACAGAAGCAGCAGCAGCAGCAACACCAACAACAAUAUAGCGUUCUUAUGGAGAACACCAGUGAUGACGAUGGCCUCAUGAUGCCGACCCCCCCAGAGCUUCCGGUGGCCCCUCUAGCUCCUCUUACUCUGCGUGCAACACCGCCUGCACCCAGGCCUGCGACGCCCGUGCUUCCGACGCCGCCAUUGGAGUACGCAGACAUGACGGUGUCAGAAGCACCGGCAUUCGACUUUGCCCAUCUUCAGCUGCCAGCGGUGGACUUUUCCGUGUCGAACCAAGAUAUGCUCCUUUCGUCUGGCAGUUUCCUGGCGGACUUGGGCUCCCUGCAUGAGGACGUGUCUGCAUCUCUUCUGCCACUGCCAGACACGCAGGUCCGUGUGACUGGGGUCGUUCAGGCUGAGCUAGACCAAUUAUACUUCGAUCGAGUUCAUCCAUCAAUUCCGAUCCUCCACCAGCGACGUUACAUGGCGUGGUCCCGGUCUAGGAUCAAGAGGCCAUCGCGCACGUGCCUACAGCAUGCCAUGUGGACGUUGGCGGCGUUGCUGUCUGCCGAGUACCGGGACAUGGUGGACUCUCUGUACAGCUCAACGAGACAGAUGCUGGAGGCACACGGCGUUGAGAGCAGCGAUCCAGGUGGCAGUGACACAGAAGUUCUCCUGGCCUGGGUGCUUGUUGCGUUGUGCGAGUCUAUGCGGACACGAUAUCGAGAGGCUUGGAUGAGCGCCGGCCGAGCGAUUCGCAUGGUACAGGGCCUGCGUUUCCACGAGAUCGAUAGUCCUAGGACCUCCAAGGAAAGACGUCUUUCCGUAACUACAUCGGCAACCCCAGAGAUCGACGACUUCACUGAGAUCGAACAGAGACGUCGUGUCUUCUGGAUGGCCUACUUCCUGGACCACCUUCUCAGCAUUCGCCACGAUUGGCCUGUUACCCUACACGAGCAUGUGAUCUGCACACGUUUACCAGUCCCAGACUUAGAGUUCCAGACGGGGCAACACGUCCUGGGUGAUUUCUUAUCAGAAGCCAUAACAGAGCCUAAUCCCAGAGUCAGGUCCCCAUUCAACGAAUGUCUGAUCACGGUCACGAUUUGUGGCCGUGUCCUGCUUCGUGGGCAGCAGCAGAACAUAUCCAGGGCAUACGGAGACAUCGGCUUGGAUUGUGCCGAGCAGCGUUGGUGGCUGGACGGUAUCCUCGCCACCAGGCUCCAAGUACUAUCGCAAUGCUAUCCGUCGCCGGCCGAGGCCUACGAGCCAAUGCUCCUCUUCGCACAUGUGCUGGCCCCUGCCACCAUUGUGUACUACUGUAACGGCAUGAUCGAGUCGCUGGUGAGCCGCGGCGACCGAACAGAGCCCGACGAACAGGUGCAUCCGCUGACACCAAUCCCCUUAUUCAUCUGCGCCGAGUUCCUCUAUGCCGACCGCAAAACCGAGCCCUUUGGUUCUCAGCUCCAAGAGCUGGCCGACGCAUUAUCCCAGCUUAAGAACGUCAACAACCUGGAACAAAGCUACCUAGACCUACUGCCACAGUCCUGUGUUAGUAAGCUGCCAGAGCUAACAGCCUAA